AUCAUAUCGUACCGCAGUUAAUUUCUCUACAACAAUAUCAGAUAAAGAGGCAGGUGUGUUAGCGUGAUGAAACAAACAAAACUUUUUUCUUAAUAUUGGUAUCAAAACCUAUGAGCAUAAUUUGGUCAAUUAUAGCUUGUCUCCUUUCCCAAGUAAUCUAAAAAUUUACACCUUCUGAAUACCAAUAGACACUAGACAUGACCUUACCAACACGUUUCUCUGAUGAAGUCCAUUGCUUCAAUUCCAAUUAAGGAUCAUGGUAUAAUGAUGUAUCAUCUAAAAUUUUCUUUAAAUGUUUAAUGCGAGUGAACUUCUAAUUAGUAUUAAGGAUUCAUCCUCCGUAUAAUUAGGAUUAAUGUUGGAAAUACCCUGAAAAACCAGCAGCAUAUUCAAUAGUUGUUUAGGUUGCAAUCCAUUUCUUUUGGCUAUGAAGGAGAAGAAAGAAGCAAAUAGGUCAAAAUAUCAGAAAAUUGAAGGCGUAAACGAUAAUAGAUAAUUGCAAACUCCUAAACAUAAAUUGAAAAAAGCCAGAGAUAAUCCUAAACUACAAUCUAUCAUUCUACAAAAACAGCUCUAAUUAAUAAUUGAAAACCAUUUAGAAUUUAGAUGACAAGAAUUGUGGAACUGAGGGAAUUAAAUUUCCCCGUUAGCGAGAUAGUAGACGUUUUCAGUUUCCACAGCUUCCCCUAGAAGAUGUUCAAACUAUUGCUACAGAUAUGUUUCUUAAUCAGUAUAUGUAACGUGGUGUAUAAUAGGGUGAUAAUUAGAAGAAGUACUGAUAGUUCCAUCAAAGGGUAUCUGACUGAGAGGAUUUGUUGGUGGAACGAAAUUUGUAAAGAAGAAUUCAGAAGUCAGUUUAGAUGUAAAUGUCCGGAAUGGUCAUAUUGCAGAGCUCCAGGAAAGUAUUAUAACGCUUUUUGUACCAUGACAACAACUGGAUAUAUUUGGAAACAGCCUGGAUGGAGAGAGGCAGCAGAAACACAAACCUAGAUGGAAUGCCUAUCUCACACAUAUUGCAAGAUUUAUUGAAAACUAUGGUUUUUAUUUACAAUUUGUAUUCAUUUCCAUCAAUCCAUUGUAUGGGCUAUCAUAAUAUUUACAAUUAUGGGUUUCAGUGAAAUUUUUAAAAAAACUUUAAUUAGAUAAAAAGGUGGAAAAGAUUCAGGUAGCGCUUCUGUAACAAUGUGAUAUAAUAGUGAAAGCAGUCAAGAAAUAAUUUUAAACAAACGGUAACAACUCACUGGGUGUUUUCCAAUAUAAACCAUUUUUUCUAGUUUGCAGCAUACUUUCGUUUUUAGAUUUUGUGAAUUUACUUUUCAAUCAUUGUUAGAACUUAUAGUUCACAAUUUUUGUUUUUCCCUAAUUUUCCAAUGAUAUAACAAAGGAAAAGUUGCGAUUUGAGGUUAUUUUUUUUACAUUGUGUAUUAUGGAAAAGAUAUUCUGUCCUUUUGCAAAUGGAACGUACUAUUUCAUAUAUUCUGAUUAUCUUUCGACUGGAAGUUGUAGUUACAGAGCUUCAAUAUCACACUUAAAGUUUACUGGAAAUCCCACUUAAAAAGAUUUGAUGUUGUUAAUGGACACAUGUGAUAUUUCUGCAGGCUGGUUUAUCAAUUAAUUUGUUAAUCAUUUUUUGAAUGUACUAAAUAAUAAAUAUUAUUAAAAACCGA